AUAAACAAACCAAGUUUAUUUCCCCAUUCUAAUCAUUAUCAAAUUAAUACAUGAUUAUUUUUCGUGAUAUAUAAUAUAAAACAUGAGCGUGUUAACUUCUCAAAUUAUUGCACAUCAUUGACAACAUUGACAGUGAAUUUGGUUUAUGAACCAUGCAUAUGCUAGUGCAUGUCCCUUACAUUAAGUCAUUAAUCAUUAUCCCUAUGUAAACAAUAUCUCAUUAUUUUUUAACAGUAUUAUUUGCAUUAUACAGUAAUAUAUAUCUCACAUUGGUGAUGCAAAAAGUAUAUCAAUAUUAUGUAUGCUUUUAAAUUAAAACUUACAGUGUAUGCUUUGGAUGGUGAUGAAGGAUGUCUUAUAAGAGCAAGAUGUUAUAGAUCCCAGAAAAAGAAUGAGUCCCCACAUGAUGUAGAGGUAGUUAUAAAGAAAGGACCAGUGUUUGGAAGAGAAGACAGCAAGUGUUCCUGUGCAGUUGGUAGAUCUGGAUCUUGUGGACACAUUGUAGGUGUAUUGUACUCCAUUGCGCAUAUGAAAGCAUCCAAUCUUAAGGCAGUUCCGACUGAUGUUGCCAAGACUUCCUUACCACAAACUUGGCAUGUUCCAAGAGGUGAGAAAAUUUGUGGCAGUUCAUCCGACAAUAUAACUGUCACAGGAUUCAACACAAGUGACCCCAGGAUGAAGACCCGUGGAUUAAAGACAACCUUAUACAAUCCCAUAAAUUCAGAGUGUUCACCGAUUGGAGAACUGUGUGAAGCUUUGUCUUCCAUUGACAAAUCAUGUCUUUUGUUAUCAGUUGUGAGCCCCAGUGAGCAGCAGAAAGAUGUGUGUACCAAGUUCGGGAAUUUUCCUAUAGGAUCACCCAUAGGAGUACAGCAGAAACUGCACAGUGAAUACGUUCUAAAUAUCUUGGAUGCUGAAGAUUUCCCAUCUUUACCAAAGCAAAACACCAUGAUUAACAAUGUGGCAGUAGUUCUAGACUAUAAUAAAUCUUUGAAACUGGAGUCACUGUCAGUGUCGGAGAUGCAGGCCAGUGAAAUUGAAAUUUCCACACGCCUUCAGUCCCAGGAUCCAAAAUGGCACAAAAUACGUCAAGACAGAAUAACUGCAUCUGUUGCAGGAGACAUUGUACGACGGAAAAAAGAUUGUGAUCCACUUGUGGCACGACUAAGGACCACACGGAAGGUAGUUUCAGCAGCAAUGAGACACGGCUUAGCAUGUGAACCUACAGCUGCAUUAGCGUAUGUGCAGGCUAUGGAUGAAGAUGUUAACAUCUAUCCAUGUGGUCUUGUUAUAAGCCCAUGGUCACCCUGGAUAGCAGCCACACCAGACAGGAAAGUGUUCUGCCAAUCAUUAACACCACCACAUGGUUUACUUGAAAUCAAGUGUCCUGUGAGAUGCCUAUCGGAGUGCGACUACCUCACCAAAGAUGAAAAUGGAUACCACCUGAAGAACACUCAUAAGUACUACUAUCAGGUGAUGACCCAGAUGGCAGUUACUGGACUUGAAUGGUGUCAUUUUUUUGUGUGGACUCCUGAGGAAUUUCAUUUAGAGCUUGUGCAUUUUGAUGCAGAUUUUUGGCAAGACAUGAAAGAAAAGAUAGAUAUUUUCUUUUUUUAUCAUUAUUUAAUGUGAAUUCAAUUGAGAAAUAAAUAUAAUUUGUAAAAAUUUAUUAGGACAUGAACUAAAACACUUCAUUGUGGCAUAUUUCAUAAGGUGCCACCUCACUUUAUGAAUAAUAUUCUGGCUGGGUUGAAGGGUUAUACAUGUAGUUUAUGUACCUCAUGAAUUUUU